CAGGUGCGCGUCCUCCGCGGCCUCGGCGCCAUCCAGCCCGGCGUCAACCGAUGCAAACCAUCACCAGGAAGGACUUCGAGACCCUCUACACGACUGCACCAACGCCAGUUCGCGACCGGGGAGACCUCCCAAGCGCUCUCUGGGGGUUGCAAUACAAGAGAACACACGCCUCCUGCCCCACGGAGUGCCAGGCCUCUUAUCACCAGGACUUAUCUCCCCAACAGAUUUAAGAACUUUGUUUUUCCCUGAUGAAAACCACAAAAAGUUUGCAGAGCUCAAGACUCUUCAAAUACAAGGUCUAACAGCAGCUGCUAUGGCCGAAGCAAUGAAAUUACAGAAGAUGAAGCUAAUGGCUAUGAACAGCCUCCAUGGAAGCGGGAGUCAGAAUGGGACAGAGUCGGAGAAUGAAGAGCUAAAUUCCAAUGCAGGUGGAAGUGAAUCCUCCUGGGAUAAAGAGAAACUUCAGUCUCCCAUCACGACGGGAUCUCAUCACGGAGUCAGCCAUGCGACGUUGUCAGGGCAGCCCAGUUUGGGAAGUGCCCAUCCUCUCAGCCCUCUGCAACAAAACCAUCUCCUCACAAAUAGGAUAGAUCUGCCUUUUAUGAUGAUGCCCCAUCCUCUUCUUCCAGUCGGCCUACCUCCUGCUUCUGUUGCAAUGGCUAUGAAUCAGAUGAACCAUCUCAACACUAUCGCUAACAUGGCUGCAGCAGCUCAGAUGCACAGCCCUCUUUCAAGAGCAGGAGCUUCAGUUAUAAAGGAGAGGAUUCAAGACAGCCCUUCGCCUGCUCCAUCUGUGGAAGAGGGCCACCGACCUGGGAGUCACGCCUCUUCACAUCAGAGCAGCAGCGUUUCCAGUUCCCCAUCCCAGCUUGAUAACACACCGGAUAGAAUUGGUAUAUUAUCAAAUAUUAGAGAAGGAGAACCUGUGCAUCCAGAGGCUGGGCUCAAUCCCAAAAAACUCCAUAAGGAAAAAGAAGAAGUCCAAAUCGCCAUCCCAAUAAUGAAACCGACUCUAGAAAAAGUCCAACUGGCUGGACAGACUCUGCCCCCUGGUUUCCCUGCGCCUUUUCUUUUUGCAGAUGGAUUGUCAUCAGUAGAAACUUUAUUAACCAAUAUACAGGGCUUGCUGAAAGUUGCUGUAGAUAAUGCCCGAGUACAAGAAAAACAGAUCCAGCAGGAGAAGAAGGAGCUGAAAAUGGAAUUGUGCAGGGAGAGAGAACUGAGAGAGAGUCUGGAAAGGCAACUCACAGCUGAACUGCAAAGCAGAGCCACAAUUCAAAAGCGCUUGAAGAAAGAGAAGAAAGCCAAGAGGAAAUUGCAAGAAGCCCUUGAGUUUGAAUCAAAGAGGAGAGAACAAGUGGAGCAGGCACUUAAACAAGCUACAUCAGGCGAUGGUCUCAGGAUGCUGAAUGAUGCUGGGAUUCCAGAGAUGGAAGUUGAACACAAUGGAACCCAACACGACAGUGCAGCAAUGCAAGAAAACAGAGCCUACAUCAAGCCUACUAUUAUGUAUUGAAGACACAUAAUAUGAAGUGGGAGUGGGAGAAGGUAAAGAUCACUCUUGGAAGACUGUACAACUCAUGGAAGAAGGCUCUUCUCACCUUUGAUGCCAUCAGUACUGUGUGGAGAACAGGAUUGGUAGCACUGAAAUGUGGACAGUGUCAAGCAGUUUACCAUUGAUACACUGAAAAAUGCUGGAAUGUCUGUGAAAAAUACCAAGAUGUGCCAGCUUGCUGUACCAAACCAACCUUGUUCCAGCACAUCAUUUUUGGUCCCAGAGGAAGAGCAGAGGAGAAAGAAAGUUUUAGCAUUUUUAAGCACAUAGAAGAAUGAUUCCUGGUUCCUCAUCAGAACUUCCCCAACCCCAAUGCUAUAACAUAUGGCACAAUGAAUUUAAUAAGCCGCAAGGGUUCUCACUGGCUGUAUGUCCUACAGGUCCAGUUUUAUCACCGAAUCAGUUCAACACGGAGCUGUUUCAACUGUUUAUAAAUUUAAGCUUUGUUUACUGAAGCUGAAACUCAAUAUAUAUUACGUUUUGAAGAUAAAAGUAUGUACAUUUUUUAAUAUGAUGAUAAUGAUGUAAAAAUUGUCCUUCCUUAGAUGAUCAGUUGGAGAGUGUAAACUUUAAAAACAAAACAAAACCAAUAGCUGAAAUAAUAAUGGAUGCUUUUUUAAAAAUCUGAGUUCUGCUUGGCUUUUGAUCUUUUAAAAAUGAAGCAGGAGGAAGGAUGAAUAUACGGUAGGAUGUUAGAUAAUGGAAACUUUAAAGUAUAGUUUCUCUGUUGUAUCAUAUUAAGUUAAAAGUACACUUUCUUUGUUUAAAAUGUUCUUGCUAAAAACUACAGUAUUAAAAACAUUUUUGUUUGA